AUGGCCUCCCUUGUAAUCCUCUUCAUUCUAGGCGGCUCCUGGUUCCUGCUCGUCACCUUCCUUGUCCUCGGCAUGUGCCGACAGAAGUAUAUGAGACGGGCUAGUUCCAGUUCCAGCUCCACCUUCAGCAGCGGCAAUGGCAGGAGUAGCAGUUCUAGCGCACUGGGUGCGGCUGCGCGAGCGAGGGAUCUUACAGCUACAUCGUCGGUGGCAUCAACGGACGCUGCUGGAGCAGCGGGAAAGGUUGGGACUCCGAAGAAGGCUUAA